AUGAUACUGACAAAGUCAGAAUGUGUCAUCAUAACUGACGCGAAACACUGCGGACAAAGAAUUUCGGGGAAAAACACCACCAACCUUAAACGACAUCUAAGGGCUAACCACCCACACAUUCAGAUUCCAGAUGUGGUCAAGCAACCAGCCAGGAAAGAGGAGAGGCCAUCUAUGUCAGGUGCAUUCUUUUCUCACAUCAAGUACAAGCCAGACUCCCAGGAACAACGCAUUAAAGAGGAGGCUAUAGCUAAAUGGGUAGCUCGGACAGCCCACCCUCCACGGACAGUAGAAGAUGAGGAAUUCAUCAACAUGAUGGAGAAAAUAGAUAAAAGACUGACUGUGCCAAAAAAGACCAAAAUUACAAAUCUAGUGGACCAAAUGUACCUAGCUGAAAAGGUAAAAUUCAAAAACAGACUGGCUAUGGCCCGCAAAGUAACCAUCGGCAUUGACAUAUGGACUAAAAAGGGGCUUACCGCCUCCUUCCUGGCUGUCAGUGCUUGCUAUUUCAAUGUUCAGGACAGUAAAGCUGAACACAUACUACUGAACCUAAAGCAAAUGGUUCACCCACACACUGCUAAUUCUAUUGUCACUCUUGUGGAGGAAUGCACAGAAGAAUGGGGGAUCCCAAAGGAAAAAAUUAUCAUGAUAAUAACUGAUAAUGGAAGCAACAUGGUUUCUGCAUUUCGCGUUGAAGAAGAGGACACCAGUUCUGAUGAGAACGAUUCCAACAAGGAUAGUGAUGAAGAGGAAGAGGCAGACGAAAGAUAUGGAACCUUGGAGAGGACCCCAUGUGUGGUCCAUACCCUUCAGCUUGUCGUCAACAUGGUAAAAAAGGAACAAGCAAUCAAACGUCUACUGGACAAGGUCCGGCAUCUGGUGAGACAGUUUCGCAAAUCAUCUGUUGCCACAGAACGGUUGCUGGAACAAUGUGGACUCAUUCUCAUCAAAGACUGUGAAACCAGAUGGUCCAGUUCUUUUUUGAUGUUGUCUCGUUUACUCGAAGUAAAGGACCACGUGACAUCGGUGGCUGACACCAUGGGCUGGGACUGCCUGCUGCCCAGUGAAUGGCAGAAGGUGGCCAUCCUCAAAGAUUUGCUCCUUCCAUUUGCAGAACACACAAAGGUGCUUGAAAGUGACACGUGUUGUUUCUCCCUGGUUGUCCCUGCAAUACUGGAUUUGAGGAGCCACCUUUCAGACUUCUCCCUUGCUCAUGCCAGGAGCUACAGGGAUGUAGCUACACUGGCACAGAAGAUGUCUGCAAACAUGGAUUUACGCUUCAGCUGUUUUCUGGAUGUGUCGGCAAGCAACUUUUCUCCUCUUGCUGCAGCUGCUUGUUUUGUUGACGCUAGUGUGUCAGCAGAGACCCUGAUUGACAAUGAUAAUGACGACAUACAGAAUCUCCUCAGUAAAGCUGAAGAGUACAUCACUCGCAGUGUACCAUACCAGGAAGAGGUGACAGAUGAUGAGGACAUUAGAAAUGCAGAGGUCUCAGAGGUGCCUCUGCAAAAGCGGCCUAGAUUCAGGUUUUUAGUGCCCAUCGGCCAUCAUCAAAGCCAAAGACCUCCAAGGCCUCCAUCAGACAAGAGGUCCAAAAAUUCAAAGAAUCCCUGUCCCAUGCAAACCCAGAAGAAUCCGGCGUGGAUUUCUGGUCUUCUCAAAGCUCCACCAUGUAUCCACUGCUGA